GGGGAAGGGAGCAUAAAUGGAGUGAGAAAGGGAUGGGAAGAAGGAGAGAGAGGGGCAGAGAGUUAUAGAAAACAGAAAGAGAUAAAGAGGGAAGGAGGGAGGCAGCAGGGGGCUGGGGAAGGAGAGAGGUGACGAGUGAUGUCACGUCUGCAGAGUGAGUGAUCGGAUCACUCUUCAGAGAUUGACAGGAACGAAAGAUUCACUUUGAAAUUUUCUCUCAGUUUCUGCUCUCACAUUUUUCAAUAUCUCCAUGGAGUUUUCGAUAACGUAGAGAGGAGGAUUUUGGUUUGAAAUCAGUACCUUCCAGUCGGAAGGAAGGACAAGACUCACAAGCUGGGGCAGAGUUCCCACCCCCCACCACUGAUGGACAAAGAGAACUCAACUGCAAACUAUUCAACCUUCGCCACUUCCAUAUACAGCACCAGACCAGACGAAGCUGGCUCUGGGCACAAGCUACCCCCCUUAACCUGGCUGAUCCUGGUGCUGCUGCUGGUGUCCGUGGGAUUGGUCCUCUUCCUCCUCAUCCGCUACCUGAGGAAGUGGAAGGCCAGGAAAUGGCGGCAGUCCAGAGUGACAGAAAGGCAGCAGGCUGGACACAUGAUGGUGAAGGUGCUGCCGUCUCCCAAGCAGCCGGCUCCAGGACAAGGACCCAGACAUCCAUUAAUCAUCGCACGCUUACCAGCGAGAGGACCGAGCCUGCAGCCGGUGCACUUCACCGUCCGGGACCUGUCUCUGCUCGAGGUUCUGAAGGUUGGCCAACAGGGCAGUUUCUACCGGGCCAAGAUCACCAGAGGCAACUGUAAGGGUCAUCGGCUUGUCACCUGUAAAUUCACCAUGAGAACUGUGUCCCAGAAGAAGAUGAAGACAGAGAUCAGCAUCAUGAAGAAACUCGGAUACCACAAGAACGUGAUCCAGCUGUUGGAGUGGAACAUUCUGGAAGAGCCGUACGUUCUGAUCAUGGAGCACGUGGGCUCCCAGAACCUGAAGAGCUUCCUGCAGGUCAACAGGGAACAGCUUUCCAGCUGCAAGGACCUGUUGUCCCAGCUGACACUGGCGGCAUACUUCAUCUCUCUGGGCAUGCAGCACAUUGCAUCAAAGAAGAUCGCUCACCGCGACUUGGCUGCCCGAAACAUCCUGGUGGGACGCUUUCCCCAGGAGUGUAAGAUUGCGGAGUUCAGUCUGGCCAUUGACUUUUCUGAUCCUCGGGUCAAGAUGCAGAAGAGGGGAAGCGCGAACUUCAGCAUCCCGUUCCGUUGGUACCCCCCGGAAUACUUCACUGACGGGACUUACAAUCUGCAGGGAGACGUCUGGGCAUUUGGGAUUCUGCUCUGGGAGCUCUAUAGUCUGGGGAGCUCCCCCUACCCGGAGUUCGAGUCAGCCAAGGAGGUGGUGUACAACAUCUGUUCUGGAUACAAGAUGAAGGCCCCCCAGCAGUGCCGACAAGAGUUGUACGAGGUGAUGGGUUACUGCUGGACAGACAGACACGAGGAGCGGCCGCCGUUCAGUGACAUCACCAAGUACCUGGAGGAUCUGGUGGAGAACGACGCAGAUUACAUCCAAGUGGAGGACUGCUUUGUGCCGUCUGCACAGCGGAACACCUCUGCUCGCUGGAGUCUGCCUCACCCCCACCACACGGAGACCCCUGUCAUGGGCUGGUUCGAUUCGGUCUGAUGUAGACCUUGAUCUUCCUCUCACCGCCCAUCCCCCGCCUACGUCAGGUCCCAACCUUCGCCCACAGUGUGGACAGAACGUGACCUGUAACCAGCAACACUCGGCGUGUACACGGUCCCUCAGAACUACCAGCAUACGUCAUGAAACGUGUUGUUUUGUGACUGCACUACCAUGCAAUAUAUGAAAAAACUAUAAAUUUCAAUGUAUAUAAAAAAUAUAUCAUGCAAAAGGAGACCAAAAUAGUGAUGUAAUUCUCAUAGGAUCGUGGACCUUUCAGAAAUCUGAUGGCGGAGGGGAAGAAGCUGUUCCUAAAGCGUUGAGUGUGGGUCUUGAGGAUCCUACACCUCAGGGGUUCCCAUCUGGAGUCCACGGACCCCCUGCUCUGUGGCAUAACAUAGGUUGGAAAUCCCUGCUGUAUGUCCUCGCUGGUGGUAGUGAGGAGAAUAGGGCAUGACCUGGGUGGUGAGAGUCCCCAAUAAUGGAUGCCACCUUGAGCCAUCGCCUUUUUAAAGGCCUUGAUGCUGGGAGGCUCGUGGCCAUGGUGAAGCUGGCUGUGUCUAUAGCCCUCUGCGGCUUUCCCUGAUCCUGUGCGUUGCUGGCUGCAUGGCAGAUGGCGAUGUAACCAGUUCGAAUGCUCUCCAUGGUACAUCUGCAGAAAAUUGCUGGAGUCUUCUCAAACCUGGCGACUGACUCCAGUGGAGACCCGUGCCCACAUGCAGGGAGGCUGUGCAUGGGACCUCAAUAUUGCCGGCUAUGACCCUGUGCCCACAGAUGGGUGGCACUGUGGCAUAGUGGUGGGCAUAAUGCUGUUACAGUGCCAGCGAUCACCGAUCGGGGUGCAAUUCCUGCCGCAGUCUGUCAGGAGUUUGUAUGUUCUCCCUGAGACCACAUGGGUUUCCUUCGGCUGUUCUGGUUUCCUCCCACAUUCCAUUGGUUAGGGUUGUGGGCAUGCAAUGUUGGUGUGGGAAGUGUGACCACACUUGUAGGAUGUCCCAGCACAAUCCCCAGGCUGUGUCGGUUGUUGAC